CUCAUAACUCCACAAAAACAAUCUUCUAUAUUCUUGCCAAUCAAGUUCUCGUUUUAUUUCCUUGACUUAAUCGGAAAUGGGUGAUUCAUUCGUGAUAACGGGGGAAGAACAAGCCAGUUUAGAUGAGCUAAUCAAAGAAACAGAGAACUUGUCUGAGUUCGAGGAUGCCGUCGUUGCUGAAAAUGAAGGGCUUGACAAUUCCAAUUUGCCUCACUGUAAAUAUAUCGUGGUGAAUGGGGUCUUAGAAAAUAAGACACCUAAACCCUUGAACGUUUAUGAAGAGAAGAUAUGGGCGGGAGGUAUGCUCAAACAAUUUCCCGAUCCUCUUGAAAGGAUAGGUUAUUUCAUCGCAAAUGGAAUCCAGCCUCAGGGCGUCAUGGAAGCCGUGGUGUAUAAAGGAAUGAAUUCUGAUGGUGUUGAAUGUGGUUGGCUCCUUGCUUUCAUGGAUUCCGAUCAGAACGGUGGAAUGAAGGUUUACGUUGAUUGUGGUCCGAUAAGAAAAUUCAUGAACAUCGACUGGAACGCCGUUGAAACGAAGCUAAUGCAUUCCGGCACGACAGCAAAGCAUUAUGACACGGAGACACAAACCUCAGUGGUUGCGAAUAUUAUUCGCUAUUCUUGCGAUGGCAAAACUUGCAAAGACAAGGUUACUGCAAUCUUCUAUGGUUAAACUUGUCAUCAAACAAUAUAAUGAUGCAGUAGUGGGAACAUUAUCUACUGUAUAAGCAUACUCUGUAUUAUUUACUUGUUAUUAUCAUAAUAUGGUUAUUUUUAUUUCUGUUUUUUUAAUUAUUACGUACGAAUGUGUGAAUUAUGAGGGGUAGUUCACCUGUAAGAACAUAUGUACACGCUCUUACUUGUACCUGCUUCUUCGAUUGUUUCUGUAUUAUAUACUUCCCCCUUAGGUCCUUACGGGAAAGUCUGUAAGUAUAUAUGAUUGCUAUUUUGUAUUAAAUAAAUUGGAUGAUUUUACAAUA